ACAAAUUAUCCUGUAAUUCGACAGUGUAUUGUACUAAUCCAUCUCUCCAUGGCCAUGGCGGCGCACCGAAUUGUGCUUCUCCUCUGUUUGUCUAUCGUCUCCUUCGCGGCGGCCGCCGCGAAUGGCGGCAGCAGCGCGCACGACGAAUUGAUUAAGUUCGGGUUCCCGGUCGGGCUUCUUCCCACCAACGUUGAAUCCUAUGCCCUAAACCGUACAUCUGGCCUUUUCGUGGUUAGGCUAGGGGAUAAGUGUCGGGUGACGCUUCCACCUGACAAUUACCUGGCUACGUAUUCUCCGAGAAUUACCGGCAAGAUUGUCGAAAAUCGAAUCGCCGAUAUCGAUGGGAUCAACGUCAGGGCAUUCUUCAAGUGGUGGGGGAUCACCGGAAUACGAUCCAGCGGGCAGAAUCUAGUGUUUGAGGUCGGCGUCGUCACUGCCAAGUACCCUGCCAAAAAUUUCGCCCAGUCUCCCGAUUGUGAGGGGAGCCGCUCUUCCUCAUAAGUGCGACUGAUACGAUGCCCCCGUCUGGAUCUGGUCGACAAUUAUCCAGAUACUACAAUGCCACUCGUUCAAUAAGCGCUGAAUUGCAACAUAGUAAAUUACAAAGCUCUGUUUUCUCUAGAACGAAUCUACUAAGAUUAAACGGUUCGACUUCUUUACUCUAAGUACUUGUAUACUACCGUCAUUGUUGUCGUUGCCGUUGCUAUGUUCUGAAAAGCAAUUUGAUGUAGGUUGAACAAUCUAAUAUCUUGUAUGCAGAAGCUACGAACCUCCUCCAAAUGGCAACGCCAUGUUUGGAUGAUCUUAUUAAUUGCUUCUUAGGAUUA